AUGGCUAGAAGGAAUCACACGGAUACACCUGGCUUUAUCCUGAUGGGAUUAACAGAUUCCGAAGAGAUCCAGCUGGUCCUUUUCAUGCUGUUCCUCCUGGUAUACCUUGUAACUGUGCUGGGAAAUGCAGGCUUGAUAUUACUCAUCCGCUUGGACCUCCAGCUACACACUCCCAUGUAUUUUUUCCUCUGUCAUCUGUCAUUUCUUGACCUUAGUUACUCAACGGUCAUCACCCCUAGAACAUUAGAGAACUUACUCACAUCCACAAGCUAUAUUUCCUACCUGAGUUGUUUCACCCAAAUGUACUUCUUUGUCUUCUUAGCAGCCGCUGAAUGUUUUCUUCUUGCCUCCAUGGCCUACGAUCGCUAUGUAGCUAUCAGCAAUCCUCUUCACUACCCAUCUGUGAUGUCCACAAGACGCUGUUGCUCCCUUGUCUGUGGGUCCUAUUUGAUUGGCUUCACAGACUCUUCAGUCAAUGUGCUGUGCAUGCACAGAUUGCGUUUCUGCGACUCCAAUGUCAUCCCUCACUUUUUCUGUGACACGGCCCCAAUUUUAGCCCUGUCAUGCUCUGACACACACGAUACACAAAUCAUGAUAUUCAUUUUUGCUGGCUCCACUCUGAUGCUGUCUCUUAUCACAAUAUUUCUAUCCUAUGUGUCCAUUCUAUCAACUAUUCUGAAAAUCAGUUCUGUUUCAGGGAAGCAAAAAGCCUUUUCCACAUGUGCAUCCCAUCUCUUGGGGGUCACCGUCUUUUAUGGGACUAUGAUUUUUAUUUACUUAAAACCAAGUGAAUCUUACUCAGUAAAGGACCAGGUGGCUUCUGUGUUCUAUACGAUUGUGAUCCCCAUGCUGAAUCCACUCAUUUAUAGUCUUAGAAAUAAAGAAGUGAAAAAUGCUUUCAUUAGAAUCAUGAAGAAGAAAGAGAGUAUCAGGUAA